AUGACCGCCCCUGGGACCAAUGCAUCAUCCUCCCAGGCCUCCAACCCACUGAACAGCCCAGUGACCAUCCCGGCGGUGAUGUUCAUCUUCGGGGUGGUGGGCAACCUGGUGGCCAUCGUGGUGCUCUGCAAGUCGCGCAAAGAGCAGAAGGAGACGACUUUCUACACCCUGGUAUGCGGGCUGGCCGUCACCGACCUGCUGGGCACGUUGCUGGUGAGCCCGGUGACCAUCGCCACCUACUUGAAGGGCCAGUGGCCCGGGGGCCACGCGUUGUGCGAGUACAGCACCUUCAUCCUGCUCUUCUUCGGUCUGUCGGGGCUCAGCAUCAUCUGCGCGAUGAGUAUCGAGCGCUACCUGGCCAUCAACCACGCCUACUUCUACAGCCACUACGUGGACAAGCGGCUGGCCGGGCUCACGCUCUUCGCGGUCUACGCGUCCAACGUGCUCUUCUGCGCGCUGCCCAGCAUGGGCCUGGGCAGUUCGCGACUGCAGUACCCGGCCACCUGGUGCUUCAUCGACUGGACCACCAACGUGACGGCGCACGCCGCCUUCUCCUACAUGUAUGCGGGCUUCAGUUCCUUCCUCAUCCUCGCCACCGUCCUCUGCAACGUGCUCGUGUGCGGCGCGCUGCUCCGCAUGCACCGCCAGUUCAUGCGCCGCACCUCGCUGGGCACCGAGCAGCAACACCACGCGGCCGCCGCCGCCGUCGCCUUGGCCCCGACCGCCUGCCGGGCUUCCCCGGCCGCCUCCUCCCCCGCCCUGCCGCGCCUCAGCGACUUUCGCCGCCGCCGGAGCUUCCGCCGCAUCGCGGGCGCGGAGAUCCAGAUGGUCAUCUUACUCAUCGCCACCUCCCUGGUGGUGCUCAUCUGCUCCAUCCCGCUUGUGGUGCGGGUGUUCGUCAACCAGUUAUAUCGGCCACAAUUGGAGCCAGUCAUCAGCAAAAACCCGGAUUUGCAGGCCAUCCGAAUUGCUUCUGUGAACCCCAUCCUGGACCCCUGGAUAUACAUCCUCCUGCGGAAGACAGUGCUCAGUAAAGCCAUAGAGAAGAUCAAAUGCCUCUUCUGCCGCAUCGGCGGGUCGCGCAGGGAGCGCUCGGGGCCGCACUGCUCAGACAGCAGAAGGACGUCCUCCGCCGUGUCGGGCCACUCCCGCUCCUUCCUCUCCCGGGAGCUGAAGGAGAUCAGCAGCACGUCGCAGACCCUCCUGUACACGCCGGAACUCAGCGAAAACGGCCUCGGGGGCGGCAGGAACCUGCUGCCAGGCGUGCCCGGCGUGGGCCUGACCCAGCUAGACAGCACGUCGCUCAGGACUCUGCGGGUAUCGGAGACCUCAGACUCCUCCCAGGGGCAGGACUCGGAGAGCUUCUUACUGGUGGACGAGGUUGGCGGGAGCUGCAGGGCUGGGCCCGCCCCCAAGGGGAGCUCCCUGCAAGUCACGUUUCCCAAUGAAACGCUGAACUUAUCCGAAAAAUGUAUAUAG